UAUUUUACAAAUUUUUAUUGUUAAAAUCAAUGGCAUUUUUGAUUUUCAUUAUUUCAAUAUUGUAUUAUAUUAAACAAUAAAAAUAAAAUAAUAAUAGAUUUACUGUAAAUUAAAAGAAAAAUGUCUACAAAUUUUAGUGCAAAUCAGUAUGAAGAUGCAUUUAUAUCAACGAGACUUUGUCAGUAUCAGAUAUGCAGAAAUUUCAUAAAAUGGCCCAAACGUCAAAUUGAAGGAACCAAACCAAUAGCUGAUGAUAAUGGUUAUCUGUUUACAAGAAAACCGAUAGAUCGAAACUCUCCUCGAAGCGAUAUUCAUAGUCCGUGGGAACCAAUACAUAAAGGUCCAGGUACUGUAAAGGGAAUUUCUGUAAAACCAGGAAUUUGGCUUGUAUCGGGUAGAAGAGCUAACUGGGUUGAAACUAAAUAUGAUAUCAGUCUAGAGCAAAAUACUUAUAAUUACGUUAAUAUAAAUAAUGCACAUAAUAUUAAUAAAAAGCGCUUUGACAUCCCUGGUUGUGGAAUGAAUUCAUGCAAUGAAGAUAAUAGUGACAAAUAUGAAGCACAGGAUUGCAAUGAAAAUAUAGAAAAUACUUCAAAAUGUGAUGAAAAUUUAAGUUAUCAUAAUGUAAAAAUACCAGAUAAAAGUAUUAAACAUGUUGAAACAUGUAUAGACAAGAAAUCGUGCAUCACUACAAAACCUAAAUCAAAUUCCUGUGCAAGCAAAUCUAUUAUCUCGAAAUUUGAUAUGUUAAAUCACUCUAGAAUAAGCUUAUUAGAUGAAUAUAAAUCGAAUAUUUCGGAUCAUAUUGCAUCUAUUGAUGAUAAAUCAUCUAUAACUGGUCCUUUCAAAAUGGAGCAAUCAAAAUGCCCAUCUGAAAAUGAUUUUGGUUCUCUGGAGAACUUGAAUGCAAAAGAAGAUUAUAAAUCAAUUCCUUCUCAAAUAUACUCCAUAAAAAAUGACAAAUAAGAUUAAUCUCCAUUAUAAAUAUAGUUGAAAAAAUGUUUUAGAUUAUUAUUUUUCAAAAUUACUAAGAAUUCUGGGUGAUUUUUAAAAUAUUAUUUUAUAAAA